AUGUUCACUAAGUGUGCACUUUUCUUCGCAUUUAUUUAUCUUUUAUCAUGUUUCACAUCUGUUUUUGCCUUACAAUGUUACAAAUGUCAUUGUUUCAUACAAGAAAAUCAAAGUUCAUGUAAUUUGUCAACAUGUUUAAUUGAAUAUGUUGAAAAUAGUUACUGUGAAAUAAGAGUAUCAUCAAAUGAACUUGAAGUUGAUCAUAAUCCAAAUUCAGCAUUACAAGAAUUGUUUUCAGAACAUUACAUUCGUGCAACGGAAACCAUCGUUCAUCGUAAUGGAGAUUGGCAACCAGCAAGUGUGAUACAAAUAUCUUAUGGUUGUGACUGGAAUUUGUGCAAUGAUCCACGUAUCAUAUCCUUUUUACCAACAAGUCUCAACUUCAAGAUCGAUUCAACUUUUUUAACAAAUUUACUCACUCCAGAUACGGAACCAUUAUCUACAUGCUACUCGUGUUCAAAGUGUAUUGAUUCACUGGAUAAUCUAAACUGUAGUACUGAGUCAUGUACUGGUACGUGUUUUAUUGAAGAUCAUAUUGAUGAUGCAAGUGUGAACACUGAUGAUUGCAAGUUUGCUUUCGAAACGUCUUGUGUGUCGGAUGUAUUAGAUUCAAGUGUGGAAGUAACCGGUACAUAUUAUAUUAGUGAUCAAUCACAAUCGAGCGUGAAUACAAUCGAUAUUUAUUGUCGAAGAACAAAUUGUAAUAAUCCACGGAUUGCCGAACAAAUCCGCGGCAACACGUCAUUUACAACGACUAUAAACGACAUAAUGACAUUUCGUCCGUCGAAUAUCUCAGUCUUACCCCUAAAUAUAACAAAUUUACAAUGUUACCAUUGUGACUGUCAGCAACUAGUUAACGAAACGACAUGUAAUAUACUUCAAUGUAACGCUGUUGAAGUUGUUAAUGGAAGCUAUUGUGAAAUCCUUCGAGAUUUUGCUGAGAUUCCUGGUACUGAAAAUAUUCACUUGGGACACGUUGGAGCUCGUGAUGUCAAGUACUCGCACUAUAUUCGGGCCGUAGAAACAAUUCAAAUUGAACCUGGCAUGUGGCAUGGAUCAACUGUUGAAAAAAUAUCCUACGUGUGCGACUGGAAUCUAUGUAACAAUCCUGUCAUAGUAAAUAUAUUACCCAACUCGUUUAGUUUCAGUGCUCUUCCGUCUGAAGUCGAUCAUCUUUUCUUUGGAACAGAACCAGUACAGAAAUGUUAUGUCUGUUCACUAUGUGUUAACAAUUCAGUUAGUUGGGAAGAAGAUUGUGAGAGUACUAAUUGUACUUCUGGUAUAUGUCACAUUGAUGAACAUUGGAACGAUUUAGAAUAUCCGUGUGAAUAUGCAUUCACGUCAUCUUGCGAAAAGAAUGUCAAUACAAAUGUUCAAAUAACUGGUACAUAUGAUUUGAAUGAUGGUGAUAAAGACGUCGAAAUAAAUGAAAUGGAUCUCUAUUGUUCGAUUACAAAUUGUAAUCUUCCAACAAUCACGGAAGAACUGAAAACUCAUAUUCGAAAAAAUAGUCAGUUAGAUCCAUCAUUAUUUUUCCGACCAGAAAUUUUAUUAACAACAUCCAUCUCUCCACCUAUAACAGCGACGCCUGUAACAGCGACGCCUAUAACAGCGACGCCUAUAACAGCACCGAUAACCUCGUCAUCUGUAACAACGAUGCCAACAUCAGCAAUGUAUGCGAUAUUACUCACUGUUAUGAUUACACUGAAGUAA